UUUUAACCUGGCGGUAAAUGCCAGUUGGCAUUUUUACUUGGCGGUAAAGACGGCGGAACCCUUUUCUGUCCUUUAAUAUUUUCAGAACUUUUGUGUGCUUUUCAGUUGCCUUGAAUUUUAAAUCUUGCUUUGGAUCUGUUCUUCGCAUCGAUUCCAUUCCAGGGCAAAGCAGGUCUCCUCAUUGAAGGGUACAUUGUGUUCGGUGUUAUUGUAACAGAGGUGCACAAAAAUGCCUCCCGUAGAGUCAUCGCGCGAAGAAAAUGUGUACAUGGCGAAAUUAGCAGAGCAGGCCGAGCGUUAUGAGGAAAUGGUGGAGUUCAUGGAGAAGGUGGCGAAGACUGUGGACGUGGAGGAGCUGAGCGUGGAGGAGCGGAAUUUGUUAUCAGUGGCAUACAAGAACGUGAUUGGAGCUCGGAGGGCUUCCUGGAGAAUAAUUUCUUCAAUCGAACAGAAGGAAGAAAGUCGUGGUAACGAUGAUCAUGUGACAAUGAUCAGAGACUACAGAGCAAAGGUCGAGUCUGAGCUCAGUAAUAUAUGUGACGGCAUUCUUCGUCUUCUUGAUUCCCAUCUGGUUCCCUCUUCUACCACAGGGGAAUCAAAGGUGUUCUAUCUUAAGAUGAAGGGAGAUUAUCACCGCUAUCUGGCAGAGUUCAAGACGGGUGCUGACAGGAAGGAGGCUGCAGAAAGCACAUUGCUUGCUUACAAGUCUGCUCAAGAUAUUGCAAUGGCAGAAUUGGCUUCAACCCAUCCUAUCAGGCUGGGGUUAGCUCUCAAUUUUUCUGUAUUCUACUACGAAAUUCUGAAUUCACCUGAUCGAGCAUGUGCUCUUGCCAAGCAGGCCUUUGAUGAAGCAAUUGCAGAGUUGGAUACGUUGGGUGAAGAAUCUUACAAAGACAGCACACUUAUCAUGCAACUCCUUCGAGACAAUUUGACCUUGUGGACAUCAGAUAUGAAUGAGGAUACAGGAGAUGAAAUCAAGGAAGCCCCUUCAAAGCGUGAGGAGGGAGAUGGGCAAUGACAUGAAAUGAAAUAAUUUCUGAUUUAUCAUCGAUGCAUCUCUGACAAUUGAAUUUCUCUGUAAAAUCUUGCUUAGUACUUCGCACUGUAAAAGUAUAGUGAUUGUGGGCAUCUUUUUAUUGUAGUCCCUGCUAUGCUAUUAAGCUUGUUAGUAAGGAUAUUCUAACAAGCUGCGUUUAUGCCCUAUUCUUGUUUAUUUGGCAUAUCAUUAAAUCAAAACAUGCUUAUUGUGGGA